GAGAAACUCAAAGUAACAACAGACUUCACAGAGGCCUUUUCGAUUAUUAACUCUAUCGAGCCCAGAAUUGCUGCAGAGACUGCUACUUCAAAUCUUCUUCCCCUUAUUCAUACAAUUAAACGCCAUCUUGUUGACUUUGCAAGGAGUUCGGAAAAAAACAAAACCCUUUUAGUCAUAUCUUCUCCGAAAGAUUCAAAGCCUUCAAACAGGGGAAAGAUCGACAGAAAAGAUUCUAAAACAAAAGAGAUGAGUACUAAUAGCUUUAAAGGACACAAAGUGAUUCACAUCAGCAACGACGUUGAAGGUAUUUCUUUUGAUUUUAGCAUAGUUAAAUAAUAGAAACGGCUGUGCACUCCCUUAUGGUUUUAAUUUUUAUUAAGUUCUUUUUGUACCUGAGCGUUCAGGGUUUUCAAGGGAAUUGCAGUCAUGUUGACCUACCAGACCAAUAUAGACACCCCAUUGACUUGGUCAGUCACACUGAGUCAACGAUAGAAACAAAAUACACAAAACAAAAGUUAUAGUAAUAUUAAUAAUAAUAAUAAUAAUAAUAAUGAUAAUGAUAAUAAUGAUAAUUAUUAUAACAAUAGGAAUGGGAACUUAGCUGUGGACAUCCUACGCGAUGGCCCUAAAUUUAGUUCGGUCUGGGAGUUCCCUAGCUGAAUUUUAGCGAUCAUUUUCAUCACAUCAACCCUAGGGCACUUUAUAGCUAGUUUCAGUCUACCAGCUUCGAAAUAUUUAAUUUUAUAAUUAAGUUUAUUUCGUGACAAAAGAAAUGAAAACCACUUUGUCCGAUUUCACCUGCAGGUAGGCUAGGAAAAUGGACUGUUCUAAGAGCUAUGGAAAAGUAGGUAUUGAAAAUAUCUGUGUCUACAUCUUUUUCACACCGAGUAGUAUUUUGGGGCGUGGUUAAGUAUUUUGCAUUAAGAGCUAUUGACGAAAUUUUAGGCAAGACUCUGUGCCAUAACUUAUUUUUAUCACUUCAGUUAUCGUUAUCGUCACAGUAACUCUAGAUACCCUCUCAGACAAUGGCUUCGAGGUGUCUCACUAAAACAAUUGAUGUUAUUUAAGACUUUUAGGUUCCAUACCCUCAAAUGUCACUACUGCGGAGAGAAUAUGUCGUCCAGGUCCCAUACAUUGGACAGGAAAAUCAUCGGAGACCGCGGAUAAGACAUGCCUCAUCAUGGGUGACUCGAUCAGUUUAGGGUACGCUUAAAUGAAAGGUUACUAAUUGACGAAUGGGUGUGGUGAGAGGAGAUGAAUACUAUAAAGAGUAAUGUUAUUUUAUGAGAGCUCGAUAUAAUAUAGAGUUAAUUCAUCCACCUUCUUAUUAAGAUAGGUAACUUUAAGAUGCUUCCUCGAUAAAAAGUGCCGGUUCUUCUUUCUUCCAAUUCCGAUGUUAUUUUCAGUGAAAGUGCACCACCCUCAUUAGUGCUCCUCAAAUUCUGAGAAAGCUCGAAUUUCUUUGGCUGCUACAUUUCUCCAAAACCUCGGCUUUUAACAGAUAAUUAUGUGGUUGAUCGGAAUUGCAGUUGGUAGAGUUGAAUCGAGGGAGAAAGUAAAAUCAUUGUUUUUCUCACGAGUAAUUUUGGGUGAAUCUUACUAGUUAGGAGAGUUACUGGCCCUUUCGCUUACAAAAUUAGCCAAAGAAUUUCGACAGAAAUACACAAAAAUUGCGAAAGAGCAGGACUAAAGAUUUUUCAGAUGGCGUCACAACUGAUUUAUAAUUCACUAUGAUGCACUCGGUAGGGAAACAGGGGGGGGGAGGUUACGGUGUAGCAGAGAGCAACCCUUUGUAACCUUUCCUUUUGUGUUAAGGAAAGUAGAUAUCGCCUAUUCUCGCUUUCAAAACGGCGGGAAAUGAUUGACUUUCGAGGAGUCACAUUCUACGAGAUUUCCCGCUGAAAACGAUGUUUAAUUGCUUAACUUUCACUGUUGGCUUCUGCACCAGUGAUGAGGAUUGAGAAAAGAGUUUAUAUUAUCAUAUUGGUUGCAGUUAAAUUUAUGAUGAGCAAAACAAAACCGUAGUGUUAACUUCAAUUUACACUUUGUUUCCCCUUUUAGUUAUAUGGAUUAUGUUGUUGAAUUGCUCGACGGAGACUGUACUGUCUAUCACGCUCCAUGGUCUGGUGAUGGAGGAAGCUUAGACACGCGCUAUAUGCUUCAGUGUUUACCCAUGUUUCUAUCCUCAAGUUUCUACGAACCUGUUCAGUAUGACGCCAUAAUAUUUAAUGCUGGAAUUCAUGAUAUUGACUGCUGCGAUUAUCAUAACGAGGUUAGUGAGAUAUUUUCUAAUUUACCCAAAUCGUCAUUCCAAAAAGGGAAUUUUUGUUUGUUUGUUUGUUUGUUUUUUAUUUUUGUUAUUUUGUAUUUAUUGCACUUUAUUUAUGAAAUCACCAUCGUUCAGGAAAGCGGUAUGAUGAGAGUAAGUAUUAACAUGUUUUGUAGUAAUAACGCUUCUUACCUGGCUGAAGCAGCGGGACAGUAUAGGGAUUGAAAAUUUAUCGAAUUACAAUAUUUCAUACAAAUUACUUUUUGUUAAUAUUUUAAUGAGUUCUUAGUGGUGCUUGGGUGGUUUUGAAAUUUUCUUCACGUUUGCGUAAUAGUGUUUAGCUCCUUUGCUAUACAAAAAAUUACAUCUAAACGAUAAAAACAGAAGCAACAAAAACAGAUGGUAUUGCCAAAAUAUUCCAUUAAUUACAAUGGUAAGGUUAGUUGUGAGGAACAAAAAUUUCUCUCCAUAUAAGUAUCAAAAAAAGGAUAAAUGGUGCGAAUCUUUUCUCGAUUUCAGGUAUAAUUGAGUAGUAAGUAUUCAUCACAGUUCAACUCAAAUCGAUGUCGUCUUUUUUUUCUUCUUUUAAGUAUGUCCCUCUCAAAGAAUACAGAAAAAAUCUGAAUAAAAUCAAGUCGGCUUUAUUAAAAACAGGCGCUAUGGUUGGCUUCGCGACCUCCACACCCGUCCCAUUUAGCAAAAAGAUGGACCAGAGGCUUAGACAGUACAACAAAGCUGCAGAAAAGUAUGUGAGUUGAAAAUAGCUUGUGUUUUUGUCAUUAACACACAAAGAACUAUUAACGUUUUGACUGCUAGGGUAUUAUGUGAGUACUAUUAACUCCACGUAUCGUACGAUAUGCAAUACGGGUUGGCGAGAGUAAAUCAUCUUCUCGGAAGGUGAAAGUAAAUUUACAGUGAUAAUUCAAUUCGAUCGACAAAGGCAAUUUGAAGGGAUUGUUCACAAACUCUCUUUUCUUUCUUGGUCUUACAGAGUUAUGAAGGAUGAUAAAUCCAUUAAAGUAAUAGACCUCUACCACGCUUUAACCGAAAAAUGUGGUGGACUGACCAAAACAUGCAGUCUAUUUCUGGAUCAGCCAAAUGUAGUAAGUGAUGCGAAUGGCCGACAGUGUACAUAUGCUCUAAAUAGUUUUUAUUCUUUUUUAACAACUUUUCAUCGCAUGGAUACAAAAAGUAUGUGCAAAAUAGGUAGGGUUCUGCUCAAAUACAAGCUUAUCAGGUUUAUGGGUUGGUCCCUUUUUAUCAGGGAUGCCUUCCUGACGUGGGUGACCCUCUUCAACUUACAACCUUUGUAACUGAAACACCUGUGGAAAGAGGCACUUCCUUGAGAAAUUUGUACUUUAAAAUAUUAUUGAGAAAGACCUUUUCUCUCUCUAGCAUCUCAGUGGUGAAGGUUACUUUUUAUUGGCUGAAAAGGUCAGUCAAGGAUUCAAGUCUUUGUUGAAACGAACAAAGAAAAGAAAGAAAAAAGGUAUCAAACAUUAAUAUUUACAAACUUAGUCCAUGAUUUUUAAAAAUCAGAAAGAUGUGAGAGAAUUGUGUGGAUAGCAACGUGUAAAAUUAACAAGUUUAAUCUUUCAGAUGAGGGUUGCCUUUGAUAGGACAGUUCAAACCUGGCAAUUAAGCAUAUCAGUGAUGGAAAGAACCUUAAGGAAAAAAUAUAAAUGGCCAAGUAGAUCUGACUAUUUAUCCCAUUCUAACCAAUCAAACUAACGUAAAAGCAUAUGGAUCGAGUAACUGCUUUCAGCUCCAUUCAAAUAUGGGAUAAUUCUUUUCCACAAUUUUGGGGAUUGCACUUCGGGAUAAUGGUGUUAACUGGAUAUUUCAUCAUUACAGUAUGUAGAAAUCCAAAUUACUCGUCUUGGUCCACUGUACUCACUUUACUCCACUUUAAUAAAGGGGUAAGUUUCUAAAGAAACUGUGGUGCUGCGUCGGUGGGAGAGUAUAGCAGGUAAUCUAGUGUUAACAACCGGGUUGAAAAAGUAAAUUAGCCACCGUAAAGGGUAAAAAAGCUGACGUUUCGAGCGUUAGCCCUUCGUCAGAGCGAUACUCCACUUUAGUUCAUUACCCUCCGAUGAAGACUUUCAUUCCUGUUUACGCUUCUCACAUUGACGAUCCUCGUGGGCGUUCUCCAGCUUACAGAGGUCUCGCCCAUUUUGAGUUCGCAUCGUACAAGUUCACCUCACGACUUUAUAUGUUUCAUCACCGAUUAAAUUAUUACCCGUAUCAAAAAACAGGCAUACGUAAAGCUGACACAAAAGUAUUUAGACAACAUUCUCCUAAAUAGAAAAUCAGUAUAACAGACAGCCAAAAAUAAACACACAGUCGCUAAAAAAGAUCAUUUUAUUCUCGACAGUUUCCAAGCAAAACGAUGCUCCUCCUGGUUCACUAUAUUGUGUACCAAAAACAGGAAAAAAGAGGAAAAACAUACACAACCUGACAGGUUGUCCUGGAAACACAACCUGCUGCCUAAACGGUUAUUCCAAUUCUUUCGUUGGCUGUUGUAUGUUAAAGGAUGCAAUGGAUUGUGGGGAUAACUGGCAUUGCUGUCCUAAAGCAACUGUUUGUGACCCUGGCUGUACUGGAAAAAGUUGCGUAUGUCGCAAAGCACCUUGGGAAUCAAAAGCGUCUAGAACUGCAUUUUCUCUCUUGAUGAAAGCAUUAAAUUCAUUUUGGAACAAAAUAGCUAAAAACUAUCCAUCCUUAGAAAAAUCAUGA